AUGGCCCUGCGCCCAGAGCCCGCGGGCGGCUUUCCCGUGCGGGGCCCCAACGCGUCGCUCAACGGCUCGUGGGCUGGCCCCGCGGAGCCCGGCGCCCCGGAGGACCUGGCAGCCACGGGCGCCAUCGGGGCGCUGCUCGUGGCCAUGGGCGUCGUGGGCGUGGCGGGCAACGCGUACGCGCUGGUGGUCACGUGCCGCUGCCUGCGCGCCUCGGCCUCCCUGCGCGUCUACGUGGUCAGCCUGGCGCUGGCCGACCUGCUCUACCUGCUCGGCAUCCCCUUCAUCGUGACCACCUACGUCACGCGGGAGUGGCACUUCGGGGACGCGGGCUGCCGGGUCCUCUUCGGCCUGGACUUCCUGACCAUGCACGCCAGCGCCUUCACGCUGACUGCCAUGAGCCGUGAGCGCUGCGCUGCGGUGCUGAGGCCGCUGGCCGCCGCGCGGCGCUCCCACGGCUGCCGCCGGGGCCUGGCGCUGGGCGCGUGGCUGCUGGCGCUGCUGCUGGCGCUGCCCAUGGCGCUGGCCGUGCGGCUGGUCCGCAGGGGCCGCAAGAGCCUCUGCCUGCCGGCCUGGGGCCGGGGCGCCCACCGCGCCUACCUGACGCUGCUCUUCGGGACCAGCAUCGUGGGGCCCGGCCUGGCCAUCGGGCUGCUCUACCUGCGCCUGGCCCGGGCCUACUGGCUGUCGCAGCGGGCCUCCUUCCCGCAGACGCGGCGGCUGCCCAACCCCCGGGUGCCGCGCCUCGUCCUGGGCAUCGUGCUGCUCUUCUGGGCCUGCUUCCUGCCCUUCUGGCUCUGGCAGCUGCUGGCCCAGUACCGCGGCGCCCAGCCGCUGCCGCCACGCAGCUCGCGCAUCGUCAACUACCUGACCACCUGCCUCACCUACGGCAACAGCUGCCUCAACCCCUUCCUCUACACGCUGCUCACCAAGAACUACCGUGACUUCCGGCGGCGCGCGCCCCGCGGCGCCCGCCUGCAGCGCCCCGCCCUCGCCCCGCCGCGCCCCUCCAGCGGGUCGCCGACCCCCAGCAGCCAGCAGGCCUCCGGGCCCAUCGGCCUGUCCCUCAGGGCCCCGGGGGGUGUCCUCGUCUGA